AAUGAAGUCGCCCAACAGUACAGCGAAGACAAGGCCCGCAGUGGCGGUGACUUGGGUUGGAUGACCAGGGGGUCAAUGGUGGGCGCCUUCCAGGAUGCGGCGUUUGCACUGCCGGUGUCGACCACUGGCUCGCCCAUCAUAACGGAUCCGCCCGUGAAGACUAAGUUUGGUUACCAUAUCAUUAUGAUUGAGGGCAAGAAGUGAUGAAGUGGUGCACCAGUUGUUCACUGUUUUGGUCGUAUUUGCC